AAGCAACGUCGGCCAGGGCGGGGGCGGUCGAGCUAGCGCAGAUCCCAGAGAUGGCCCGUGGGGUGGCGGCGAGCGCCGCGGUACCGCUGGCGCUGCCGCGCGUCGCGCCCGCAGGCCUGCGGCUGGCGCGCGGCGCUGUGCGCCGCACCGCUUCGGCCGCUGGCGAGCCGACCGCGGGCAUCGUGGGCCCCCUGCUGGCCGGCGGGGGGCCGCUGGGCUGCGUGCUGCGCAGGGCCACCGCGCGCGGGCGCAGCGGCGCGCGGCGCGGAGCCGGCGGCGCCGCGGCCGCCACCGCGGCCACCCGCGUGCUGCUGGUGGACCCACUCUCCUCCUCGCUGCGGCAGCGCCUGGCCGUGGCUGGCUGCGCCGUGGAGGAGCGCGCGCCGGCGGAGAGCGUCGAGGAGGCGCUGGCCCGCGCGAGGCCAGAGGUGGUGAUCAUCCGCUCGUCGCUCCUCCGGGAGGAACAGCUCCAGGGGGAGGGUGCCUCGGGCAUUCAGCUGGUGAUGCGCGCGGGCGCGGGCGUCGACAACAUCGCCGUCGGUGCGCUGCUGCGCCGCGGCGCGGUGGUCGCGAACGCGGCGGGCGCCAACGCGGUCGCGGUGGCGGAGUUGACGAUGGCGCACCUGCUGAACCUCGAUCGGAGGCUGUCCGACCAGGUGGCGUCGCUGCGGCAGGGCCAGUGGCGCCGCCUGGAGUUUGCCCCCGUGGCGCGGGGCCUCUGCGGGAACAUCUUGGCGGUCCUCGGCCCGGGCCACAUCGGCCGCGAGGUCGUGAAGCGCGCCCUGGCCUUCGGCAUGGAUGUGCGUUGCUGGGGUCGAGCCUCUGGCCGGAGCCAGGCCGAGAAACUUGGUGCCACCUGGUGCGACAGCCCCGCCGACGCGGUGCGGGGCGCUUACGCGAUGACGGUGCACCUCCCGCUGAGCGCCGAGACCGAGGGCUUGGUGGGCAAGGCGCUGUUCGAGCUGCUCGACCCUGGCGGACUCGUGGUCAACAUGUCGCGGGGGGGCGUGGUCGACGAGGCCGCGCUCCUGGAGGCCGUCCGGGAGCGCGGGCUCCGCGCGGGCCUGGACGUCUUCGACCUCGAGCCCGCAGCGGACGACCGCGAGUUCAGGGACGGCGCCAUCAUGAGCUGCAAGGGCAUCUUCGGGUCGCACCACACUGGCGCGCGGACGGCACAGGCGGCGCUGGCAGUCGAGGACGCGGUGCUCCGAGCCGUGGAGGCGCACCUGAGCGGCGCGCCGGUGCCGGGCGCGGUGCGUCCGUCCGCGGCCGAGGCGGUCAGGUAA